CAGCUGGGAAGGACAUGCUCCAAAGCUUUCGCGAAAGAAGAACCGGUAUGAUGUUUAGUGCGGCUCGUGUUAAGAUUUGUGCUGUGAUUUCUCCACUGCAUCAAGUGAUUUUUGUGAAGCGAUACAAAUAGAGCCAACUACAGUCGUUGUGCUUGCCAAUUUCCUCACCUUUAUGUCAUCCGCUGUUUGUUUCAACGUUAGUGAAUUUGAUUGAAAAUAUUAACGAUAUUACGUGACCACAUUCCGAAGAUAUGAUUUACAAAGUGUAAAAAAUUGUUCAAAAGUAAUCAGUGUUUAACAGCUCCCAUAGAUUACACGAACGUGAAACAUGAAGGCUGCUCCUCUUCUUAAACUUUGGAUAUACACUCUGCUGCUGACAGCCGUGAGCAGUGAGACCGUGCCAACGCAGGCGAGCACUUUACCGGAUCCGGUCUGCGGUCAGAUGUCACAAAUGCUGGACAACUGUUUCCGCAAUUCCACCCCCUCGAUCGCCGUUGAGCUGCUGCACUCGGUCAAAAUACCCGACUCGGCGGAGGAAAUUAGUAACCGUUGCCUCCUGUUCAACCGGGGCAUGGAAUGUGUGCAGCACUACUUGAACAUCUGCGUGGAGAAGCAGGAGCGGACCAUCAUCGAGAACGAGGUGUACGGUGCCAAGCAGCUGUACGAGUUUCUCUGCCGAGAUCGCUCCUUCCAGAAAGAGUUCCUGCAACACAAGGCGUGCUUUCAGAUUGUGCACAACGAUUGGGACGCUUGUUCGAGCAAAUUCGUUAGCAUCCUGAAGGAGGAAAUAUCGAAAACGACAGCACAAUCGAGAAACGUACAUUACAUGCACUUUUGCUGUGCCCGGUACGGCUACGAGAACUGCGUCUUCAACAGUGCCCGGUACAAGUGCAAGCAUGAUUCGGCGGUAUUUCUGCGCACCGUCGCUAAGCUCCUGUCCACCGAUAGACACUUCCUAAACUGUGAUAAGAUCGAGCAGUUGGUGUGCUCGAGCGGAACGAGAACCGUACGCCGUUGGACCACUCGAUCGGUGGAGCUGGUGGGCGUGAUUGGCUUGUUCUUUUUAGCUAACCGGCUGUCACUAGCAUUGCGAUAGGUAUCGGGUACGUGGUUCGAAUAAACGAGGAUCCCUUUUUGAUGGUACUUGUCGGUCGCGAACAAGCGAAGAUGAAUGCUAACCAGCUACGAAAGGUACGAAAUUUAUAGAAGUGAAUUAGUUCCACUUGUGCGAUUUCUACAUCAUGCCAAUGUACUAAGCGAGAGUAGCCAUUGGAGGGAUAUCAGAUAAGCGAAGGGAUAAGCGAAGGUCCAGUGGUUUCAUUGAUUCAUGAUGCGAAGCAUAGGAUAACAGUAAUAAGAUUUAAACAAAAAAUCAUCGCCUUUCACUCAAUACCGAUGGGCGAAUUAUUUUUUAAGCAAAUUGAAGAAAUCUUCAUCUUUAAGAUCAAUUCAUCAUUACGAUAGAGAAUUUAGUGUUGCUCGUAUUGUACCAUACUAGUCAGUUAGGGACUCGAGUGGAUCAAUUUACUCGGCCAAUGUAACCAGCAUGUUGUGAUAUAAACUGCAUA